GACUUGUACGGCUGUAAGCGAACUUUCCCCGACACAUUCGUCGAUACGAAGGCGACCUAUGAGGCUGUACUAGGUAUUCGUCUCCCGGCUGUCGCCAGCUUGCUUCUCUUCCCCUUUCUCUAGUUGCGGCUGCAACCGUAAGUUGUAAUUGUUUAUUCUGGUUUCAUCGCAAGCAUUUAACCCCUGGUCUAUCGGCUCAGAAUCCUGGAUGACACGAAGUCGUGGCUUAAUCGUGACUCGUGACACGAAGUUGUGAAAUUCAAGCGGAACCGGUUUGAUGCUACCUUGGGGAUACCGGCGGUCACUCUCAGCGCCGCACGUUUGCACGCGCUGCUUCACCUACGGCUCGUUAAAAGCGUCCAUCCAGCAGCCCCGCAUUGCUCCUGCUACAGGCUCCCCGACAGCAAUGACAAAACCAGCAACCCUGGCGAAUCCAGGGAUGCUGGCGAAACUGGCACAGUUACCACACCCUGCCAAUGUCUCCCUGUGGCGAAGUUACACACCUGCGGCAGUGAAGCUAUUCUCCUCGCAAACGGCUCUCCCUCAUGCUUACAUUGCUGGUGCGGCAAUUUCCGGCCACAUGAACAGUGCUGUGAACAGUGUCUCGGGCAGGCUUGCUUGGUCAGCUGCAGCAUCCAACGGCCACGAUGCUGCUGCCAGAGUACUUGAUGCAGAGCAAUUGGCGUCUGUUGAUACCGAAUCGCCAAUAACGAGUACAGCGGCAUCUGCUGGUAUUGAAUCACUGAUAUCGAGUACAGCAGGGUUGGUGGAGGCGAGUGGAAGGGGGACGGGAAGGAGGGGGAGGCCAAGGCGAAAGGUCGAGGCGAAAACAACGGCAGAAGCAGAGGGGAGCGGGAGGGGAAAGGGGGAAGAGGCAUUUGAGGGGGAAGCGGGGGUGGAGGGGAGAGGGGCAGAAGGGGGGGAGGAAAGAGAAAUCUCGAUUUCCGACUUGUUCGCUAUAGGUGAUGACUCUAGAAGGAGUGACUCUAGCAAGAGUGACACUAACGAAGUUGACACUAACGAAGUUGACACUAGUAAGGGUGUCAAGGUGGUGAGAAGAACGAGGGGGAGGAGGAAGGCUGCUGCUGAGCAAUCUGCUUCUGUUGAUACUGAAUCGCCAACUCAACUGACAGAAGGCAUGGACCGGGAGGGAGAGAGGGAGGGAGAGGGGGAGGGGGAGGGGGAGGGGAAGAAGAAGGGGAGGGGGAGGCGGAAAGGCAAGGAGGGGAAGGGAGAUGACAGGGGAGGUAGUGGCACUGACCAGGUACCUUCUGAGGGAAAUGGACGUGGUGAUAGAUUGGCUGUGCGUGUUGAGGAGGUGGAAAUUGUGAGCCAAUCAGAUGCUCAUUUGGAUCCUGGGGGUGGGAGUGCUGUGUGUGUUGAGGAAGGGGGGAGCAGGGAGAUGGAGGGGGAGGGAGCGACAGGCAGACACGCAGCAGCAUCGCCUCGCGUCUCUCUCCUUGAACCGUUACUACCACCACAUGCGUCCCCGUUUGUAUCAUCCUCGUUAUUAUCAUCCUCGUUAUUAUCAUCCUCCUCCUUCUUGACGUCUUCAUCACACAUACCACCAUCAUCAGCCACCCCAUCAAAUCCCAUGGCAUCGUGCCUGCAGGCAUGGCAUGCUACAGUGGCCCAGCACCACCCCCAGGGGGCAGUCAUCCUGAGUGUGGAUCCUGAUGUCGCAUCAACAGCACCAUCGUCAGCCCCGCUUGACCCCAUGGCAUCGCGCCUGCAAGCGUGGCAUGCCAGUCUGGCCCUGCGCCAUCCCCAGGGGGCAGUCAUCCUGGGCAUUGACCCCGAUGUGUCGGGCGCUGUAGCCGUGCUGCUGGUCAACAGCGAGAGUACCCAGGGGGAGGAGAGGGGCGUGGAUGGGGAUUGUGGGAGAGAGUUGGAGCAUGGGAGGGGGAUGGAGGGAUGGUCGAGGAUGGUGAGAGCGGAGGAUGGGGUUGGGGAAGGCCACGCGGCUGUGUACGGACAGAUUCACGACGUGCCAUUUGAGCUCACAUCCGUUGGCACUUCGAGUCGCAAGAGGCACUCUGCGCAGGCCAUUGCUGCUCUCCUGCACCAGUUACCACCUGCACCGACCCGCCUUGCUUACUUGGAGCACGCCAGGCCAUUCCCCUCGGAUGGCAAGCAGGGCUGGUAUGGCUCUGGUUUCGGCUUUGGCGUGUGGAUGGGCGUGCUGGCAGGCAGUGGCUUUGAGAUCACACCAGUGCCAUCGGUACGGUGGAAAGCCGCCAUUCGCUCGCAGGCGCCUGUUGACUUCACCUCUAAGGAGGACAGCCGUCAGCUGGCUCUGGCCCUCUUCCCGUCCCUAGCUUCAUUCUUGAAACGGAAGAAAGACCAUGGUCGAGCCGAGGCCCUUCUGAUUGCCACAUAUGGCACAAGCCUGUGGGUGCCUGUAGGUGAGGAGGGGAAGAAGACGCGGAGACGAAGAAAGCCAGCUGCCAAUGAUGCAGUGACCAGUGAAAGCGGGGAAGACGGGAUUGCAGUGAAAGCGGAUGACUGCAUUGCAGCUUGAGGCACAUACCUGUGAAUGCAUAAGAGCGGAGAGGAGAGGGGACGAAGGCACGGAGGAGACGAAAGGCAGCUGCCGGUGAAGCAUUGCCGUGACACAAAGAAAGAGCGGAAGACGAGAGUGACUAACUAACAAUUCUUUCAGCAAGGAGGAACUCUCGAGGUCCAUAGGGCCUCAUACCGUGUUUCGAUCCUGCCUGCACUGUUGCCUGGAUGCAGAUGCACUUGGGGUAAACAACUCAUUUGAAUACAAGCUUCGAAAGACCAUGGCAUGGAUGGUCAAGCAAGU